AAAGGUGUGAGGCGUCCCACCCCGUCCCCUCAGCCGAGCUUGUGUCAGUAACGCAGUGCUGCUGGAAUGGAGAAGAAGACUGUUUCCGUGGUUCUGCUAACAGUGGCCAUAGCAGUUGGACUGGCACAGGCCGGCACCCAUACGGCGAACAAGCAUGAAAAAGGGGACCUGCUGGUACGGUCCAAAAGGAGAUGGGUCCUGUCCACCAUAGAACUGACCGAGGAGGACCCUGGGCCUUUCCCUAAACUGGCCACAAAGAUGUUCAACGACAGGAUAAAAGAACUGACUGACAACCUUGUGUUCCGUAUCACGGGCAACGGCGUCACAGAGGAGCCGCUGGGAGUUUUCUCCAUCGACGGCACGACGGGCGAGGUCAAAGUCCACAAGGCCAUCGACAGGGAGAAGAUCUCCAUCUUCCAUAUCAAAUUUGAUAUCCUUGACAAGGACACGCUCGAGCCAGUGGACAGGACGCUGGCAUUCGAUGUGGCCAUAAAGGACAUCAACGACAACGCUCCUGUCUUUGAUCCCAUCGCAAAAGCCAGUGUAAAAGAGAACUUACCACAGGGUUACCUCCCUGUCCCUCUGAAGGCGCGGGAUAAAGAUGAGGAGAACACAGACAACUCUAAUAUCAUCCUCAGGGUGGUUUCUCAAGAACCUGCCGAGCCCAAGAUCGGUCUGAAAACAGUGGAAGGCACCAAGCUGACCCAGCUCACCUUCACAGGCUGCUUCAACUAUGAUAAAGCAAAGAAGUAUACGGUCGUUGUUGAAGCUAAAGAUAAAGGAAAACCAGCCCUCUCUUCAUCUGCCACAGUUCUUAUUGAUGUUACUGACUACAACACACACCGACCAGUGUUCAAAGAGAAUGUGUACCAUGGUGAGGUAAUGGAGAUGGAGACCAACAAGGUUAUAUUAAGACUAGGUGUGACAGACGCUGAUACACCAAACACCCCUGGAUGGCGCGCCAAAUACUUCUUCCUGAAGGGAAACGAGGAGGGGAACUAUAAAAUUGAGACAGACCCCAAGACUAAUGAGGGCAUUCUGACAGUCAUCAAGGGGAAGGAUUAUGAGAGGACUACCUUCGCAGGGGUGGAGAUCGGAGUGGAAAACGAGGAGCCUCUGUUUGAGUGUGUAGCUGGUGCCCCUGGUGGCGUCUCUGCUAAGGUCACACCUCCCAACUCAGUCAAUGUCACCCUCAAAGUGAUUGACAUCAAUGACCCUCCAGUAUUUGACAAGGUCGUGACCAAAGUCUACGAGAGAGAGGAGGAAGAACCAGGGAAGGAGCUGUACACACCAAAGGUCACAGACGAAGACUCUGAUGUCAACAAGAUCAGGUAUGAGAUCGUUCAGGACCCAGCAGGAUGGGUCUCCAUCGAUAAGAAGACAGGGAAGGUCAAAACAGUCAAGAAGAUGGACCGAGAGUCUGCCUAUGUUGACAAGAAUAGUACCUACACUGUCCUAAUAUGUGCCAUAGACAAUGGGGAGCCUCCUGCUACAGCCACGUCCACUCUGGUGAUCCAUCUGGGGGACACGAAUGACAAUCUGCCCCACCUGGUGAACAAGAGCCUGGUGCUGUGUGGGAACAAGGCUAGCAGCAUCAGUAUUCCUGUUCAGGACAAAGACAAAGACCCUUACAGUGGCCCUUUCACCUUCUCGCUGGGGGGCAACGACAAGACUCUGACAGACACCUGGAAACUAGACCCCUCCAUAGGCAUGACAGGGGGUCUGGUGAGUCUGAAGAGCCUGGUCUAUGGGAACUACACGGUGCCCCUGGUCAUCAUGGACCAGCAGGGCACAGGGGGCUCUGAGACCCUGGAGGUGGUGGUGUGUGACUGUCUCAGCGGGGACACGUGCCGGGGCCGGCUACCCCAUAGCAGCCGCCUGGGCCCAGCCGCCAUUGGCCUGCUGGUAGCCGGACUGCUGCUCCUGCUGUUGCUGCUGUGUUUCUGCUUUCUGUGUGAGUGUGGAAAGCAGACUUUCAAACUCAUCCCCCUCAACCUUCAGGACGAAGGCAACCAGACCCUCAUCAAGUACAACGAGGAGGGAGGAGGAUCGGCAUGCCAGGCUGAGCCCACACUGAUCCUGAGCCAGAAGAACAGCAUUAUGGUGACAGACGGGGACAGACAGGCUGCCAUACCCCUCACACAGAUCUCACAGAUGUCAAUCAAAGAAAUGCAUGAGAUGACCAGAAGCUCUGGGAGGCACAUGAUGGCAACUCAGAUGUCCUCUUCAGGAGGCUUCCAAUCAGGAAACUUCCAGAGAACGGGCGAGGCCAAUGGAACCAUGAGGAGCCAGUGGGGGCAUGGCACUCAGAACUCAAGCAGGAUGAAUAGCUCCAUCAAGAACAACUCUGCACGGUACUCCCACUCCCUCAAUCGCCGAGGGGAUCAGCAGAUCUCAGAGCACAUAGACAGGAGGCUGCUCAUGAUUGGUGCAGGAGAAGAUGACUACGCUGCUUACUUGCCUCAUGAGUAUGCCUAUGAGGGGCAGGGAAGCAAGUGCAACUCAUUGGAUGAGCUGUCUCUAAGCAACCUGGGGGAUGACUUAGAGUUUGUUGGAAAUCUGGGGCCAAAGUUCAACACCCUUGGAGGCAUCUGUCAGCAGGGCAUGCAGGGAAGACCCAGCAACUUGUAGAUACUAUCGUGGACUGGGAUUGGUUUGGCAUUGGUUCACAUCUGACCUGAUCAAGACAACUUCCUACUAUGGAAAAAAGGAUUGUCACCUAUACAAGGGAAUUCAUCCAGGACCUCAUUUGAACCAUCAAAAAGGACCAAUCAUAAAAUGGAUGGAUGUGGUGCACUGACCAAACGUUCUCAUACUUUAGUAAGAAGCUCAGGGUGUUUUGCUUUACCUUUAUAUCUUUAAUCCUCUUAUCAUUAAUUGCAACAACAUAUGGUUUUGGCAAGAGUGGAAUCCAAACUGAAAGUAAACAUGAAGGUGGAAGCUUUACUUCACAGGUUAUUUCCUAUAUUAAGACAUUUUAUUUUAUUUGGCAGUUGAUGGUUUUGAAUGUAAUGGAUUACUGUAUGACAGUCAUCUUGUGACACUUAUCUCUGGAAAACUUAAAGGGCAUGCUAUAUACUGUAGAUAUUUCAGUGUGUCCCUAUCCUUUUAUACUGCAGAAGACUUCUCAAAGUUAAGUAUCCUUUGUUUCCACAUACUAAUGUGGGCUCUUUAGAGAAAAUGAAUACUGUAAUCAAAUUAAGAAUAUGUUUGGACAUGUUCUGCAAAUAUGCUACAGUGUGAGGUGCUUGUAAAGAGUAUUUGAUAGUCAGUUUUGCAAUGUACUAUUCUGACUCUCAGUAUGAACCAGAAGCUAUUUUUUAUACAACAGAUAUUUGUAUAGGCCUACAGAUGCAAUUGCUUUUUCCAGUUUUGUAAUGUGGAGCAUCCUAUUAUGUUGAUACAAAAAAGUAUGAAUUAAUAAAAUGAAUAAUUUCAAAAUUAA